AUGGCAUUUUUUCAAUUAGUUUUAAAAGCUAGAAAACUCGAGAAAACUAGGUUGAGGUACGAAGAUGAGAAAUUGAGAUCGAUUGAGAUCUCCGAGGGUGUCAAGCCACGUCUGACUUUGAAGCAGCGUCUCCGACGAAGGAGAUUAAAAUAUUUUGAUAGCUACAAAACGAGGUUUAAGCAUUUUUGGGACCCAAUAACGUCCCGCGUAAAACGUACGUGGAUUUACAAAAAGGCGAGACUUCUUCGCAUGGAUGGCUCGUUCGAGAAUUACAUCUUCAAGAGCAUGUUUGGAUUCUUGAGUGGCAUAUUUCUCACGUACAUAUUCUUUGCAUUCUUCGUGAUUCAGUUGAGCUUUAGCCUCUCUUCCGCCACGAUGCUGUGUUUGGUUCUCGGAAUAAUUCUCACUCUCGGUUUGGCGUUUUCUCCACGUAUAAGGUGUAUUGUAUUUCUGUUAAUGCCGCAGUUCUUUUCUAAACGCGGCAGACAAGCCUUGAUGGCCUAUGCCUUUAUUCUGACACUUACCGGACCGGCAAAAAAUGUCUUGCACAAUAUCAGUGUCCUUUCGGAGUCUUUAGCCUGUGGACAGGAGCAAUUGAAGCAAGCUGUGAAAAGCGUAGUUGACUUAAUAAAAGAACCCUUCUACGCUCUGAGGGACGCGAUAUCGAAAGUAAUAAAGACGGUGAAGGUGGUCGUGAAGAAGAUUAAGCGGACUCUCGUGGCUAUCAAGCGACUCGUGCUUAGUAUCCUGAGAGUGAUCACAUCGGUUUUUCAAUGGCUCGGUAACAUCGUGAAUAUCUGCAACAAGAAGCUGGGCACGCCGUUCGACAGGUGUCAGAAGGUCUUCGAUGGCGCGGUAGCUGAAUGCAAGGCGCAGCUUGGUCCCCUUUUCGCAGGGAUUUGCAAUGUGACGUACGUCGCCGGCGCCUUGUGUUACGCAGUGAAACCUCUAGACUUCAUCUGCAUGCUAGUGUCUUAUGUUGCCGAUGUUAUAGUUGACGCCGUACGGAAGAAAAUCAAAAGGUUCACUCGCCACGUGAAAGCAAUGUUCUACGUUAAAAUAAAAUUCUCGCAUUCUUUCCAUUUUGAGACGAACCAAAGUAAAAGCAUCGAAGACGUAUCGAAAAGUAUAAUUACCGAGGUACGGUCGAGGACCGAUAGAUUUCUAUCUAUUUUCGAUUGGAUGAGUUUUAUGAGCGCUUUCUUCAUUUUCUUUAUGCUUCUAAGGAUCUUGCGUUAUCGGCACAAAUGGCUGACGAGCGAACGCUUCGAUAAUCGAUAUUUAACUGAUGAUCUGCGCACUAUUGAUCUCAUAAGAACACGUCAGGAUAAGGAAACCAUUAUGCCGUUGAACCGCCACGAAAGAAAUCGAUACAUCCCCCUGACGUCUAUCACCCUGAUCAAGGUGGAAAAAAUAAAGCUCGCAAAAUCCAUCGUUUUUCUGUUCUUAACAACAUUCAAAAUCUGCAUCCAUAUCAUGGCAGAUUACAGCCUUUACUGGGUUCUUAACACUAUUAGAUACCACGGACGGAUUGAAACAAAGGUCCAACGACCCAAUUUCGUGGGCGUCUAUGUGUCUGGUGACGGCUAUCUCGCCGACCUUUAUCGAAGCAUAGUGAAAGCCUUCACGCCGCACGCGAAGGAUAUGGAGAUCGAUGUUGUACCCUGCCUCCCGGAUCCCAUCCCUCCGGAUCUAGAUCGGUACACGCAGAUUGCGACACUGAUCGCCUUCUGCUGGAUCAUGGCGUUUCUCGAACCGUACGGUUUGCGGCUGCGGCAUAUUGUGAUGUGCAAAUAUUAUCCAGAAAGAGCCAAGCAAAGAGCCGCUUGGCUGUACAAUCACAUAAUUAGAUCGAGGGGAAGUUUUCUGAAAUUCGCACGGCGCCAGUUGCGCCGCAAGUUCGGCAUGAGGGCCGAGGGCGAGACGAUCGAGAGAGUCACGUUCAGAGAGCGAUGCCUGGCGAUCUGCCCUUUCCUGAACAAAUUGUUCCCUCGCAAGCAGAACGUGUGUCUCCUGUGCGGCGCCGUGGAACGUUCCGAUCAGGAACCGCACAUUAAAUGCGCCACGCCAGGCUGCGUCGGGUUAUUCUGCAUCCAAUGCUACGCGGACUUACAAAAUCUCUGCACGAUCUGUCGAUCGCCCAUCGAGUACGGCGAUUUGUCGGACAUUAGCGAGGAGAAAGAUUCAUCGGAUGAUCAACUGAUCGCAAGAAAGGAACCUGUACCAGUAAGCAUUUGUGUCGACAAAAGAGAAGAACUGAUUGAGGAAGAAAAACCUAAAGAAGUAAAAGUAAAAGAACAAGUGAAAGAAAUACCGGAGAAAAUAAUACCGGAAGAGAGAAUAGAGGAAGAAAUAAUACCGGAGGAAAAAAUACCAGAAAGAAUAUUCGUAGAAAGAAAAGAGGAAAGAAUUGAAAGAAUGGUGGAAAAGAAAGAUGAGGCAGUUCAAACGGACGACGAUAUCGGUGAAAGUAGUUCUGACUCGGUUUACAGUUAUUGUAUGUACAUCAUCUUUCUGCAUUUCCCACUAUAUUUCUACUACAAACGCAUGCAUGGAAAAAGAGCUUAAUAACAAUAAAUCAAAUUUAAGUGAUUGUUAGUAAACCUUGGUGAAAU